AUGACUCCUAAGCCUUACACUAUAUUGAUAUACCCAUCUGAUGAAUUCAAAAAGGCAAUGGGAGAGGAAUGGAUAAAGGAAGUCAGCAACAACUUCAAUUACAAGUUUACAGGGGACAGAACUUUGAAAGAGGAGAUAAUCAUAGCAGCAGAAGCAAUGUUUGAAGUACAACAAAUACUGUUAGCAGAGAUAAAGCGAGUUGGGCUACAAGAAAUGGAGGACAAUGUAUUUGCCUUUCCUUUUGAGGUGUACUAUGUUGAUCAUGCAUACAUGAAUAGACGCAUUCCCUACACUCCCUUGGUCAAAAGGAUGGAUCCUGACAAGAGGAUCUUGCAAAGAAGCACAGACCGGAAAAUAUGCAAGGGAAUUCCUACUCUGACACAGAAAGUUUGGGAAACAUUUAUGGAGUACAGAAGGAACCAGGAUUCCAACUCAGAUGAAUGCCAUGACAAGUCUGUAAGCGAGCUGAAUCACACAUUGAAGUUGGGACUGUGGAUGACAAAGAUAAAUUGGGAGCACCUCAGGAUGGAGUAG